AAUCCUGGAAAAGUGAACACGACUUUCUUCAAAAUUUAAAGUGGAGCCUGGUGUGUUGAUUCCAAAGGAGUUCCAUCCUUUGCCCUUCAGCUCAUCAGGGAUCUCUUCUGUGAACGGUCCCAUUUCAUCGUUUGUGCCUAAGUUGCUAAGUGCCUGCCUUUCUCAAGAUUCUUGGAGAGGUGAAUUUUGGAAACAGACUGAAGCCGCAAGAUUGUCAGAAUCCCCAGGAUACGUGCAUCUGUAAAGAAAACAUGAGUAGCAUAAUGGUACCUGGUUAUGCCCAAAUAUGGAGCAAGAGGUCAGGAAUGUCGAAGACACAAAAUGUAUUCUUAGAAGCAGUGAAAGGAAGGAAGAAUUUUAAACUGCUGAUCUACUUCAAGACUGGAAAAGUUAAAACUUUUCAUCUAAAUAAUAAUAUUAGAAGUGCAUCCUUUACAUCCUAUGGAGAAGACUUCACUCAUCUACAUUUGGUUUUCCGAAAUAAUGGCUUCUUGAUUGUUGAAAGAUUAGCUUCCACAGAUGCUGAACAAUUGAAGGUGUUUCUGGCCAGUGUCCCUCAAGAUAAUUCUGAACCACGCAUGAACCCUGAUGAGGAAGAUAAUGAGAGUGUGUCUGCCAGCACAGCAACACAGAUCAGUGAAAGUUCAUUGCCCAGCAUUUAUAAUAAAUCUGAUGAGGAAUGCUCAGGGACAAACCAAGAAAGUAGAAAAUACAUUCGGGAUACAUCUUUGCUUUCAUCCAAAUCAGUACUUCCUAGUAAAAAGUCAAAAACUCAGCGUGGAAAGAAUACAAUGCAAUCCUCCGAUUUAGAGGCAAAUGAAAGUGAGAAAUUCCUGAUAAAAUACAAUGCAAAUCCUUUGAAAUAUAAAAGCCCCAACUGGAAGAAACCAUCAAAAGCAAAAGAGGUACAGAGCAAUAAGAAGGCCUCACCUGUUUCAGUGGCCAAUGUUUUGGAUGAUCGUUCCGUAGGUGAUACUAACCUCCAAAAUCUCAGUGAAAAUGCACUUCGAGAGCUUCUGAUGGCGCUAAAUUAUAGUGCAGACAGCUCAGAGCCCAUGUUGCCCAGUAAAGUUUACUCACAGGCACGGUGGCAAGGUCUCCCCAAUUUGGGAAACACCUGUUACAUUAAUGCAGUCUUACAGUCCCUGUGUUCAAUUCCAUUGUUUGUUAACGAUGUGCUCAAUCAACGUUUCCCAUGGGCAAGAAUUUGCCAUGAUAUUUUUUGCCUGUGCAUGGCACUCCUGCUUACUAUGAAAGAUGUUUUUAACAUGAGCAUCAAGGAGAAGUUACUUGUAACUAUUAAAAAAACACUUUCACUAGUGGCAGAAAUAUUUUCUAUGGAUGCGCAGAAUGAUGCACAUGAAUUUUUAAGCUUCUGCUUAGAUCAGAUGAAAGAUGGCUUUGAAAUGUCAAGCAUUUUUGGCAGAUCUGAAUACCAAAGUUUACCUCAGCAGGCAUUUUCUGGUGAUUCUGCUACCGGAAUGACUGGUUGUCCUGUCGUAACUAAUUUUGAGUGUGAGUUGCUGCGCUCUAUAUUUUGUAAAGCUUGUGGUCAGGCUGUUUAUAAGACAGAACCAAAUAAUUAUCUCUCCAUCAACCUACCACAAGGAAAGAAAACACAGUCUUUGUCUAUUCAGUCUACUCUUGAUCACUUCUUUGCAACAGAAGAGCUUGAGUAUAAGUGUGCGGAGUGUAAGCACAAGAGAUCUGAUAUAGUAUACAAGUUUAGCAAGCUACCUAGGAUUCUUAUUAUUCACCUGAAACGCUAUCGCUUUACUGAGGUUUUGUCACUAAGAAAGGAUGACCAGGCAGUCACUAUUCCCACAUAUUUAGAUUUGUCUUCUCAUUGCAAUGAGAGCACCAAGCUACCUGUUCCUCUUAGCAGGACUGCACACAUUAGAAAUAUGCGAUUACUACUAGCUUUUCAAAAGCUGAGUUUUAGCAUCCUUUGCUCAUUGUCUUUACUGAAGUCAGAAGCGCCCAAGAAUUCCAGACCAAAACGAGAUAAAUCAGGCAAGGGGUCUGAUUCACAGAAACCCCAGAGGUUUCUUAAAGGGAAAACAGUACAGCAGCAAAAGGUGGGUAAGAGAGAGGCAGAUUCGGCAUGCUUAGAAAGUGCAGUAAUGCCUAGAGAACAGCAAUUAGCCGACUCAUUGAUGAACCUGGAAGACCCUUACCUUCCUCUGUUCUCCAGGUAUUCGGGUACACCCUUUAGCAGCUCAGACACCUGUCUUACAGAAACACAAGUUCAAGCAAUGCCUGAAAAUCGAAAAGUAAAGAAGUCUGGAAAAACCAAUACAUUUGCAGAAUCAGAUUUUGUUAGUGUCAGUGAGACCACUGGAGACUUUUCCAAAGAUAAGAAAACCAGAGUUACAGGAAAAUCCCGGAAAGUUACUAAACAAAAUAAGGGAUAUGAUGAAAGGGGAAUCCAUAAAGAUACCCCUCAACACACACUUCCUGAAGGCAUUCCAAAGCCAGAUGCCCAGAAGCACCAAGUAAACGUUAGAGGACAAACAGAAUUAAAUCUGCAGAAGGCUAAACCUGGAAACAAAGAUAGUUCCCGUAAGAAGACAAAAUCAAAAAUCUCAGAACCAGAAGAAAAGGUUGAUAACAUAAAUCCUCAUACUUACAGGCUCAUUGGUAUUAUCAGCCACCUUGGAAGUACCCUCAAUUCAGGACACUAUAUCACUGAUGCCUAUGACUUUACGAAGCAGGCCUGGUCCACUUACAAUGAUCUGCUGGUAUCAAGUAUCUCAGAGUCCCAGGUGAAGAAGGAUAGGGUUUCUUCAGGCUACAUCUUCUUUUACAUGCAUAAUGAGAUCUUUGAGGAGCUGGUGCUAAGGCUAAUGACCACCCAGGCUGAGGCUCAGGCUGAGGCUCAGGAUCAAUCCCAGGCUCAGGCUCAGGCUCAGGCUCAGGCUCAGGCUCAGGCUCAAUCUCAGGCUCAGGCUCAGGCUCAGGCUCAGGCUCAGGCUCAGGCUCAGGCUCAAUCUCAGGCUCAGGCUCAGGCUCAGGCUCCGGCUCCGGCUCGGGCUCGGGCUCGGGCUCGGGCUCGGGCUCGGGCUCGGUCUCGGUCUCGAUCCCAGUCUAAAUCUAAGGCUAAGUCUCGGUCCAAAUCUGAGGCUCGCAGCAACAAGGCAAAGAAGGCCUCUUAGGAGGGCAGACACCUCUGCUCAGAUCUCUUGGAUUGCCUCACUCACUACCACUUCGUCCAUGGAAAGAGAGCUCUGAACUGCAUAGACCUAGAGAUUAGUCUUAAGACUGAAGUUCAAGCAAACAUUCUUAAGGGAAAAAAAAAAUCACUAUUCUAACCCUGAUACACAUUUCAGUCCCACAGCUCUGGCUGAUGAACAUUUUCUCUCCUCCAAGGCAUAUGUGCUUUUCAUGUUCUAAUGCAGUGCUUUGAGAAGUGUGUGUAUCAGCAGCAUCGCAAGAACAGGGGACCUAAUUUGAAAUGCAGCAUUUUGAGUUCCAUUGCAGACCUACUGAUCCAGAUACUGGAGGCAAAGAGCAGCAAUCUGAUAGAGAUUCUAGCACUUAAGAAAUUGUAAGCCCUACUAUAGUUUGUAGAGCAUGUUGGUGUUAUUAGUUACACAUCUGAGUUUCUUGGUUUAUAAGACUUUGAUUGCAUUUUUAGCAUUUAUUUUGGGGUAUGUUUUUCCUUUGUGAACUUACUGAAAAGUAACCCAGAAAAGUCAUACUUCUGCUGAUCAUACCUAGUGCUUCGGUAGAAAAAUAAUAGUUACUAGGAUCCUGACCAAAAAAAAUUUAGAUGAGGCUGAUAACUUUUGAAUCUUCUUGUUGUUUAAAUGACACUGAAUACCAUACCAUGUCAGGUCUUCAAGUUGUCUACUGAGCCUCUCCCUUAUCUUCCUCAAUGCUCAAGUGGGGAAAAUAUGUCCUCAGACUGGGAUCUUAGAGAGAAGUUGAUUUGCCCACUUUUCCGUAUGUGUGCUAGCAAGCUGUUGACACCCUUGCUGAUAGGAGGCCAGUUUUGGACUGCUCAGAGGAACACUUGCAUUGCCACCAAGGAACUUUGUUUACUUGAAGAAUCUUCUGCAUUCAACGUUACAAGACUGUUUUAGAUUUCUUUCACUCCUUUGUGUCUUAUAGCAUGGUAGUUUUGUUCUUUUAGUAAGUAAACAAUACAUGUUUAAAAGUAGACUUUUAGGAUUUGAAAGAUUUACUUGUUACUGUUUUGGUACAACAUGACAAACUGUAUGGAAACCUAAACUGUUUGUAAAGAAAUCCAUGUGGCUUUUCAGGGUGCUUAUAUUCUGUAAGUACUGUGUGUAAUCCAGGGGUUUAAUUUUGAUACUAAACAUGUACUAUCUCUGUAAUGCUUUUUCUUGCUUUAGAGGCAGUGAAUCUGUAGUGCUUUGCAUCUUUUUGGGGAAUGAAUGACUUGCACUGUGUCUUUCUUACAUUACAUGGAGGGAUUGGUUUUUAAUCCCACCUUUACCAACACAAGUUUCCCCCUGAAUAUGGGGGUAUAGUAUUAGUGUAGCUAUAUUAAUCCAAGAAUUUAUUGAUGAUGUCCUUAAUCCUAGGGAUCUUUAAAAGGGUGAAUUAGAAUUCAGUGGUGUAGGAAAGUUAAGUAGUUCUCUCUAAAGUGAAAAAAAAUGGAUUCUAAAGCUUGAUGAUUCUAUCAUUUAGAAUACAGUGUAUAUUAGAAGGAGGUCUGAAUAGGACUUGAAGAUUAGUGAGACAUACAGGCAAAGAGCCUCCUAAUUGACUUAGUCUCCUAGAAGCUUUUAAAACAACAGAGACAUCCUCCAUUUAUGAAAUAUGUUUAACAUCUGAGGGAGCUGAAGACUAAGGGGAGAUUUGCAUGUAGAGAAAAGAGUAACAAUUUGGCUUCUGAAUUCCAGGCUUUUGACCUCUUUAGGAUAGUUAAUUCUAAGCCCAGUUACAUAGGUCUUAUAAUAAGAGUUUUAGUAAAAGUUGUUUGGAAAUAAAUCCAAAAUAGAGUUGUCUGAAGUGAGGAGAUUUUUUUUAGUAUGAAGUUUACAUCCUUAUCCAUGUAACAGUUUCAAGUGUAGGGCAGUUUGAAAAGUGAAGAAGAUA